AGCUGGGUGUCUCGGUGUAGUUGACUUUUUGUUUUCUCCAUUCUGCUCCCUCCCUAUAACAUCCCUGAGUCCCCUCUCCACCCCCAUCAGUGUUUCCUCUCUUUUCAGGUAUCACUUCUCUUUCCUCCGCAUUCUGUUGCCUCCUCUCCAGGCAGCGUCCUUGAACCUCUCACUCCCUGCUCCACACACACCCCUCAUCCAGCACAGGAUGGACCCCCUGCCUCUGCUCCUCUACCUGUGCGCAGUGCUGGCACCGAGCCGUGGAUUCAGCGUGGAUGUGGAGGGACCCAUCACCUUCCAUGAGGCAGCAGCAGGGUUCGGGCAGAGCGUGGUACAGUUCGGGAAUGCCAGUGCUGGGGGGCUGAUCGUUGGGGCCCCGCUGCAGAUGGGAGACGUGAAUGAAACUGGCAAAGUCUACAAGUGCGACCCGGGCUCCAGACGCUGCCAGGAGAUCCCCAUCCAGAGGCCCCCCGAUGCCAUGAACAUGUCCCUUGGUUUGUCUCUGGCUGCCCGAGGUUCCCAGUUCCUGGCUUGUGGCCCCACGGUGCACCGGGCCUGCGGGGAGAACAUGUACGUCAAUGGCUACUGCUUCCUUCUGGACCAGAGCCUCCGGCAGCUCCGGCACAUCCCAGACACCCAUCCAGAGUGUCCCAAAUAUGUCACAGACAUAGCACUCCUCGUUGAUGGCUCAGGCAGCAUUGCACGUGAGGAUUUUCCAAAGAUGAAGAGGUUUGUCUCUGAGAUCAUGAAGCAUUUCCGAUACACCGACACGCAGUUUGCCCUCAUGCAGUACUCAAACGAAUUUAGAGAGCACUUCGACUUCUCACAGUACAGGAGGAGUCGCGACCCUGAUCAACUUCUCCAGGGGGUUGAGCAGCUUCAUGGAACGACGUACACGGCCAGCGCCAUCCAGGAAGUGGUGCGGAAGCUGUUCACCUCUGGGAGAGGCGCUCGGGAUGAGGCCACCAAGGUUCUCAUUGUGAUCACAGAUGGGAAGAAAUACAAUGAUCCGCUUUCUUAUUCAGCCACCAUCCCCGAGGCUGAGAGAGCUGGAAUCAUCCGUUACGCCAUCGGGGUCGGCGAGGCCUUCUCCAGCGAUGCUGCCCAACAGGAGCUCCAUGUGAUCGCCUCUGAGCCCACUGACGAGCACGUCUUCCAGGUGGACAAUUUUGACGCCCUCCAGGGCAUCCGGAGCCAGCUGCAGGAGAAGAUCUUCCCCAUUGAAGGCACCCAGUCCCAGAGCGGCAGCUCCUUCCAACUGGAGAUGGCUCAGGAAGGAUUCAGCUCCCUGCUGUCCCCUGACGGGCCUGUGCUGGGAGCGGUGGGAGCCUAUGACUGGUCCGGUGGGAUAUACCUGUACGGGAGCGGCAGGAAGCCGAGCUUCAUCAACAUAUCCACAACCUCCACUGACAUGAAUGAUGCUUACCUCGGUUAUUCGUCUCAGGUCAUCACAGCCAAUGGGCAGAGCAGCUAUGUGGUCGGGGCCCCUCGCUACCAACAUGCCGGCAAAGUCUUCCUGUUCAGCCAAGAUACCAAGGGCGGGGAAUGGACACCCAGAUCGGAGGUGUUGGGAGAGCAGAUUGGCUCGUAUUUUGGGGGUACACUGUGCGCUGUGGACCUCGACAGAGAUGGGAACACGGACCUGGUUCUAAUCGGAGCCCCCAUGUACUAUACACCUCUGAAUGGAGGGAAGGUCUCUAUCUGCCUGAUUCACUGGUCGGGGACGAUGAAGAUCUGCAGCAAGACACUGCAAGGACAGACGGGGCAGGCAUUCGGGCGCUUUGGGGCCAGCAUGUCUGAAAUCGGGGACAUCAGCGGGGACGGACGGACGGACGUGGCCAUCGGGGCCCCCAUGGAGAACGAAAAUCGCGGGGCCUUGUACAUCUUCCAUGGGGAAAAGGGAGGCCUCAGUCCCCAUUACAGCCAGCGCAUAGAGGGGUCGCUGUUCCCCAGCAGGCUGCACUACUUUGGCCAGGCCAUCAGUGGCGGGACAGACCUGACGGGGGACGGACUCCCAGACAUCGCGGUGGGAGCACAAGGGCAGGUCCUGCUGCUGAGGUGA